AUGCUCAUUUUCCGAAACGGGUUUGUGCAUGCAGAGCCAUGCUACAGUCCAGUAAAUGAGCUAGGUUUUAUAGAGGAAUUGUGUCACAAUCGUUCAUCGAAUAUAUCUGCUCUUAAGCCCUCAGUGCAGUCACCGAAUGAUGCAUGUAUCAGGGAAAGGGUUAACAAUUCUCAUGUUCUCAUUCUCAUUAACUUAGAUGCAGUAAAUGAGGAGGAGGAAGACCCAGCUGCAUUCUUGUAUGAGGAACGCCAGGAUCUCAAGAAGUUCAUGGGCCUUGACCCAAGUGCAGAAAUUGUGAGCCUGUGGUACCAAGAAAGGGCACGGGAGAUUGAGAGAUGCAGUCAUUUUGUGGAUGCUGCUUUAGACUUGCUCAAACUAGGCAGGGAAAGAGAUGUGAAGAAUUUGGAAGAACUUCAUGACACUCUGGAUUCCUUGGAAGUGAUGGUUUAUGAAGUAGGCUUAUGUUCAAUGACCUUGGAUGAAUACUCAAGCUUGUCUGAUGCUGAGAAGAUAGUGAAGCUAAUGUCUACGAGCACCCCAGAAACAUACAUCCAGAAUAUUAGGCGUUGGCUUUUGCCAUUCUUGGCUCGCUGUGAUAAGUGGAAUCCUGGCAUUGCCAAGUGUCUUCUGAGGGAGUAUGUGGUGUCUACAGCUAAGGAUGACCUUGGAUUACCUCUCAAGAUCCUACAGCAUUCCAGGCCAGACCAGCAUGCACAGAUCAUCACAUCGGCUGAGGAGAUGAUGACUAUUGCUUUAGACUGUGUGUACGCAUGUGAGAAGGAAACCCAGCUGCCGAGAGCCUUUGCCAUUCUGGAGUGUCUGCCGGAGAGAGAGUCUGGCACCAAUACAGAAGCCUUGUCAAAACUGCAUGACCUGGCUGAUGCAUUAGAGGCUCACUUGACAGCUGCUGAAUUACUGAGCAAUAACAAUGUCUGUGUCACGCCCUGUCAGCUUCGCCAGCUACAGGAUGAUCGAGAAAAAGUCAGAGAAAUAUUUACCAAGUUAACAAGAGCUGCUGCAAGAAGAGAGCCUAGACUUAGUGAUGAAGACUGGCGAAAGUUGUUGUAUGACAUGCUAGAACUACAGCAGAAGGUUUUUACGUGUGUAGAGCCACAAGUUUGCUUUGAGACCUUAACAGAUGCCCUCCUGUGCUCUGGCAUUUUGGAAAACAUCAGAUUUGCAGGGGAACUGUUGGAGACACAGGGAGAUAGGUCCCCUGUGCAUAACCCUUAUUUGCAGCAGGUGCCUUUUGCGCAGGCAGUGAAGCUUGUGAUAUCUGCAGCGACACAAUACUUUAAUUCUUCUGAAAGUCAUGCAGAUGAAGCAAUGGAAUUGGCGCAGCAGUGUCUUGGACUGAUAGAAUCUGACAAUGAAGACAUCAAGAGAGAAAAGGAUCUCAUUGCAGCACUUCACAUUUUGCCAGACUUUGGCAUCAACAAACUUCCUCUUCAGGUUCGCCUUUGUGAGGACAGGCUAACUUUGAUAGAGGAAGGACUGCAGACCAAAAAGGGAAGUUAUCGCCAUGGGUCUCGAUUACUGCAAUUGGCAACGCUAUUGAGAGUGUGUGGAAUGGACUUACGAGCCAGACAGGCGAAGGUUUAUUCACUUGUUGCUCAUGCAGCUCUUAAGGCCGGCGACUUCGUGGUUGCGAGCAGCGUGUGCGAGCAGCUGGUGUCGGGGGCGCUGCGGGAGGGCUGGCUGGUGUGCGAGCAGCUGGGGCGCGCCCACCAGUUCGCCAACCUGCCGGCGCGGGCCAGGUUCCUCAACUUCGCGCUCACCUACGCCGAUGCGAGCCACCUGGAGGACCUGCUGAAUGCUAGAAAUGAGGUGGAGAUGGCCAUUCUCUACGCCAAGGUCAACACGCAGAUGGACACCGAAGACACGACAGAGGACUCGGACGAUGCCGCCUCCGAUGACCGUUUUGUUGAUGCGCAAUCGCAUCAAAUGCUUAGCGAAGAAGAUGAGGAAAGGCUAUAGGAAGAUGCAGCGCCCAAGAAGAUGAAGAACUGGAGGGACCACAGG